CAUUUUCGUCCCUUCAAUAAUAUCACAACAACUUGCAACUUCCUUUCUUUAAAAAAUAUGGCAGAAACAAUUGUCUCUAUUGUUACUGGAGAACUCUUGAGUAAGGUGAUGUCCCUUACUUCCAAUGAAGUCUCCUUGAGAUGGGGUGUCAAGAAUGAUGUACAAGAGCUUGCUGGCACCUUAACCACCAUCAAAGCUGUUCUCUUAGAUGCCGAGGAGAAACAAACCCAAAAUGAGAAGCUGAGAGUUUGGUUGGAAAAGCUUAAGGAGGUUUGCUAUGAUGUUGAAGAUGUUUUGGAUGAAACUGAGGUGAAAGAUUUGUGUAAGCAAGUGAUGAAUGGUCAAAGCAUUUCAAGAAAGGUACACCACUUUUUUUCAUCUUCAAAUCCAAUCGUUUUCCGUUUUAGGUUGGGCCAUAAAAUUAAGGAAAUUAACAAAAGGUUGGCAAAAAUAGCUGCUGAAAAGGAUAAUUUUAAUCUCACUGAGAAAGUUUAUAGUAAUAAUAUUUUAGGUUGGGAGAGAGAAACCCACUCUUUUGUGCUUGCUUCAGAUGUUAUUGGUAGAGAUAAAGACAAAGGGGAGGUUAUGAAAAUUUUAUUGUGUCCAAGUGAUGGUCAUGAAAAUGUUUUUGUUAUUUCUAUUAUUGGAAUUGGAGGUUUAGGAAAAACCACACUCGCUAAAUUGGUGUAUAAUGAUGAAAAAGUAAGUGAUUAUUUUAAGUUGAAAAUGUGGAUUUGUGUGUCAGAUGAAUUUUCUCUAAAAACACUUUUGAUUGACAUUAUCAAUUCUGCAAUUGGGCAAAAAUAUAACCACAUGAGUAUGGACCAACUGCAAACAAUCCUACGUGAUAUUAUAAGAGAUAAAAAAUAUUUGUUAGUCUUGGAUGAUGUUUGGAAUGAAAACUAUGAGUUGUGGUGUGAUUUAAGAAAUUUACUAAUGGAGCGUGUUAGUGGAAGUAAAAUCAUAGUAACUACACGUAGUGAUCGUGUUGCCUGGAUUAUGGGAUCUGUAUCUACAUACAAGUUAAAAGGUCUUUCUCUUAAUCAAUGUUUGUUAGUGUUUGUUAAAUAUGCAUUUAAAGAAGGUCAAGAAAAGCAACAUCCCAACCUUAUAGAGAUUGGAAAAGAAAUUGUAAAAAAAUGUAAAAGUGUUCCAUUGGAAGUAAGAGCCUUGGGAAGUCUUCUUUAUUCCUUAACUUUUGAACAAGAUUGGAUAAAUGUGAGGGAUACUGAGAUAUGGAAGCUAGAUCAAAAGGAUAAUAGUAUUUUACAUGCUCUAAGAAUAAGUUAUAAUCAUUUGUCGCCUCCUUUGAAACAAUGUUUUGUCUUUUGCUCUAUAUUUCCAAAAGACUUCACAUUUUAUAACAUUAACUUGAUUAAGUUUUGGAUGGCCAACGGGCUUCUCAAAGCCACAAUGAAAAUGAAGAUUUGGAAACUAUUGGCAUGCAAUAUAUAAAAGAAUUAAUGUGGAGAUCUUUCUUUCAAGAUAUUCAAGAUUUGGAAAAUGGUCUCUAUUCAUUUAAAAUACAUGAUCUAAUGCAUAAUGUUGCCACAUUAUUGUUCCAAAAUGAGGGCUUAAUAGGGAAAGGGAGUAACCAAAUUACUACCAAAACUUCUUAUCGACAUUUAUUAUAUCAUUUGGAUGCAAGUAAAGAUGAGGCUCAGGCUCUAAGUUUUUUACCUAACCUGGGUAAUUUAAGAAGCAUUAUGUUUUUUGCACGUGUUGGAGAGAAUAUCACUGUUAGCCAAUCAUUUUUAGAAUUAAUUGUCUCAAGAUUUCAGUUUUUGCGGUUGUUAUAUUUACAUAAUUUAGGUAUUGAAGCAGUGCCUAAAAGAAUUGGUAAUCUGAAGCAUUUGAGAUAUUUGGAAUUAUCAUUUAACCCGAAAAUUAAAAAACUCCCAAGUUCUAUUUACAAGUUACAAAGUUUGCAAUUCUUAUCAUUGUAUGAUUGCGAGAAACUGGAAGGGUUAAGCACAGAUGUUAAGCACUUAAUUAGUCUCAGAUUUUUAUCCUUAACCACAGUGCAAAAGCAUCUACCAAAUAAUGGAAUUGGCUGCUUGAAUUCUCUUCGAUUUUUAGUUAUUCACAAUUGUAGCAAAUUAAAAUAUUUGUGUGAAGAUUUUGGUCGCCUGAGAACCCUUCGAGGACUACGCAUUUCUCAAUGUCCAAGUCUUAUCUCAUUACCACGUAGUAUAAGAAGCCUAAGCCCAUUAGAAGAUCUUCGUUUGGAAAAUUGUGAAAGGCUUAAUCUAGAUUUGAGCAUUGGAUCAGAUGAGCAACACAAUCAUGAAGAACUCAAUAGCACAGGGCCUCCCCUUCGAUUCCUUCUAAUUGAUAAUUUACCACAACUGGUGAAAUUGCCGCAAUGGCUUCUUUGCAGUUCGACAAACACUCUGCAAACCUUGCGUAUUCGUAAUUGUUCCAACUUGAAGGCAUUACCAGAGUCAAUGCAAAAACUUCAAGCUCUUGGGGUUUGGAAUUGUCCUGAAUUGUCGUCUCUACCCAAGGAUAUCAAUCAUCUCAUCGCUUUGAGAGAACUAAUAAUUGAAGACUGUCCUAAAUUGACGGAAAGAUGCAAACCAGAAGCAGGUGAAGAUUGGCCCAAGAUUGCUCAUAUCCUGAAGAUUGAACUUGAUGGAGAGGUUACCAAGUCAACCGAAAAUUAGGUGUGACCAAUCCAUAUCUCUUCUUCUUAAUCAGUUAGUAGGCAAAUAUUCUUGACAUAUUUAUUUGUUUCAAGUCAAAAACUUUUGGUAACAAUUUGAUUGGUUUAUCUUCAGAUAUGAAUUUCAAAAUUUGAACAGCUACAAAACUUAACUUCUUUGUUUCUCCUUCCUUUCUUUAACUUUGUUAUUUUUUAUGUAUGCAUGGGAAACUUGAAUCAAAUGUCUGAGUUUUUAAUCUCAUAAAUUCUUCAAUUUCCAUGAAUUCUGAACCCUAAUUCAACCAAUUUUCAGGAGGAUUUAUUCAUUUUACUCCUUCUAUGUAUUAAGCACUGGUGUUCGAUCUAUUGCUUCAUGUUUUUUCAGGACUGGGGGAGAUUAAGCCAAAUGGUGCAGUUAGUAAAGCAUAUCUUCCUCUAGAUUGAUUCAGAAUUUCGGUGUUUACAAAUAUAGUUCAGCAUUGACUGAUCUCUAAGAAAUGUUUCGAUUAAUGGUAGCAUUCCAUCCUACAUUGAAGAACAUAAGCUAUAAGGAUUUGAAUUUCAACAAUUUAAUUGGCCAAAUCCCAAGUGCAUUGUCCAGUAUUGAUUCUCUAACUAACUUUGGCCAGAUUUCCUGGAAACAAUAGUCUGUCAGGAAGCCUUUCUCAGCAAAAAGUUGUAUAUCUUCAAAACAUAUUCAACUUUUGCAGUCAAGUGUGGUAGUGAAGAAAUGAAAGUUGAUAGCAUAAUGUUCGCAAGUGACCGGUAGUGCAGCCCCUAAGCUUUAAUCAGUCUUCUAGGCAAUCUCCUAGAUCACUUAGAUAUUGUGGACUUAGUAUGGAGAAAGGACCUUACAGUGUUCUACUAUUACAGUGUCAUCUAUGUACCCUCAUAAUUAUUCCUAUCGGGAACUUUCCAGUUAAAGAUUUGACAUAUCAAAGGGGGUGGAAGCAGAAAAGCAGUAACGAAGAUUUUGUAAUUCAAUUAUUUUGAGCCGGUAGAGUGAUGUAUUGCAUACCUAACAAAGGUAGUAAUGGGUCAUUAAUUUCAGCUUUUUCAGUGUCAUUCUAGUAUUGCAUGUUAGAAGAAGCAGACUGGAUUGGUUGCUGGUAUUGCUGUAGCUCUUGGAAUUUUCUUCUCACUUUGUCACAAAGUUGCUUGUAUAAUGCAUGACCACAGCUUGACAGUAAGGAAAGGUAUGCAUGCUAUGACAGGGUGAAAGCUAUGAAGCAACUUUCACUAGGAUUCCACCUAGGGAAAAAUAAUUUUGUUAAUGAAAUUGCUACCAUAACUGCAGCGCAGCAAAAUAUAAAACCUCAACAAUGGAAUAUGUUGCAAGUAUUCUCCUUGGAUUGAACUGUCUGCAGAUAAACUUCCCUUGUAAUAAGAAUGCUCUACAUUAUUGCAUUUCAAGGAGUGGAAGUGGAUGACAAAAUCUGUUGGUAAUUCACAAGUUUCAGCCUAUCUCACACCAGACGUUGUGCUUUAUCUUUGUGAGAAAGAACAUGUGCAAACUUCCAGCAUCCACUGUAUUACAUUCUGCAUUAUGUAGCUUGUGUAGUGCUGAGAUUGUGAUUCAUGUUGUGGUUUUGGGCUUAAAUUUGCCAGGCUUUCAAGUUACUGCAAUUGCAGCCCCUAAGUUUUAUCAAUCUUCAAGGCAAUCCUCUGGAUCUAUUGGAUAUUAUGGAUUAUAAUUUAAGUUUCAUUUGGAAUGCAAGACAUAUUGAGAAGUGAGAACAAAUUCAAACCCAUACCCUUUUAGAUCACCGGUUCUUCAUCCGUCAGUCACAUUCCAAAAAUGAUAGAAGGACCAUCACAACUGUGUGUAUGUUUCUUGCUGGGAAAGUUGAGGAGACUCCUCGUCCACUUAAGGAUGUUAUUGUUGUUUCUUAUGAGAUUAUACAUAAAAAGGACUCCACUGCACCCCAGAGGAUCAGACAACAGAAGGUGUUCUACUAAGCUGCUUUUGCCAAUAUAUUUUUUGUUUCUAAUCUGGUGUUUACUUAAAGAGUAAUUGCUGUCAUUUGCCUCAUUGUCCUCUCUCUCCUGUAUGUCAAAUUUCUUUCUACUUCUCCUCUUGUCCCAACAGAACAUAAAUAUUUUCACUCUGCUAAUCUUGGCUUUUCAAUCAAGGCUUUGGUAUAUAGUCACCAUUAGGUUGGUA